CAAAAAAAAAAAGACGCAAUAGAGGGGAAGCGCGUCGUGUCCCCUCCCCUCCCCGGUCAGGUCAGAUCUGUCCGCCUCUCUUCGACGAGUCUAGCAGGGUCCCCCGGGCCGCCGCCGCCGCCGGCAAGCAAUGGCGGAGGAGGGCCACCCGUCCCGCUACGUCAAGCUCACCAAGGACCAGGACGCCCCCGGCGAGGACAUCCGCCCCGGCGAGCUCAACCAGCCCGUCCACGUCCCCCAGCUCGAGGGCCGGAGGUGCGGCGAGUGCGGCCAGGUCCUCCCGGAGAGCUACGAGCCGCCCGCCGACGAGCCGUGGUCCACCGGGAUCUUCGGUUGCACCGACGACCCCGAGAGCUGUCGCACUGGAUUGUUCUGUCCUUGCGUGCUGUUUGGGCGCAACGUUGAGGCCCUCAGAGAGGAUAUCCCUUGGACAACGCCUUGUGUUUGCCAUGCUAUCUUUGUGGAAGGAGGGAUUACACUUGCAAUCCUGACAGUAAUAUUUCAUGGUGUUGACCCAAGAUCAUCGUUUCUUAUUGGAGAAGGUCUGGUGUUUAGUUGGUGGCUGUGUGGUACCUAUACUGGCAUUUUCCGUCAAGAACUCCAGAAGAGAUAUCACCUCAAGAACUCUCCAUGCGACCCAUGCAUGGCCCACUGCUGCCUGCACUGGUGCGCCAACUGCCAGGAGCACCGCGAGAGGAGGGGCCGCCUGGCCGACCACAGCGCCGUGGCCAUGACCGUCGUCAACCCGCCCCCCGUGCAGGAGAUGAGCAUGUCAGAGAACCGCGACGCCCCCGCCCCCGCCAACCCAGAAAACGGAUCAUCCAACAAGGCCGAGCUCAAAGCGCGCAACAGCGAUCACGACGCCGUCGACUGUGAUGAGUUGGUGAAGAGAUCCACCAAGAGGAAGAGACCUCGUAGCACCGCGUAUGAAAACGAAGCUGAUAUGGAGCGCCAGGAGGCGGAGGGGGGGAUGAUGGAGCUCGCGCGCGCGUGCGGCAACCUGGGGACGCCCCCGUCCUCGCAGCGCCGUGCGAGCGCGCGCUUGCGGCGGCCGGAGGCCACUCCGCACGAGUUCGUGAAGAGAUCCGCCAAGAGGAAGAGAGCUCGUGGCACUGUGUAUGAAAAUGAAGCCGAUGUGAAGCUUAAGCGGCGAUUCAACAACACCAUCAGGUGCUCACUCAAGGAGUUCUUCGAGUGCGCGGAGCUGCUCAAGGACCGGCACGUGGCGAGGGUCCGCAAGGCGGGGUUCGGCGCCAUGCUGGACGGCAAGGUCAGGGGGCUCAUUAGCCGGCCUCUCAUCGGCUUUCUCAUGGGCAAGAUAGACCCAGCAACCAUGACAAUGAAGCUAGGGGAAUCAAAGGUGAUUGCUAUUACCAGCGACGCCAUUCACCACCUUUUUGGCCUGCCUCAAGGAGGGCACACGGCCCCGAGGCCUUCGGAAAGUGGCUACGACAAUGCAGUGAUGAAGCUGAAGGUAGAGCUCGGGUUUAAAAGGUCUGAUAACGUCAUGACGAGGGAUCUGCGGGGUCUGCUUAAGCGGCUGGUGGAGGACGAGGAGAAAGAUGAGUUGGCACUCAAGGUUUUUUUCUUGGUCGUUUUCAUGAAGGUGAUCUGCCCGGGGGCCUCCGCGCGCGUCUCUAGGGAGGCAGCAAUGCUGGAAGAUCUGGAUUUUGAUAAGAUGGCGGACAUGGAUUUCUGCCAGCUGCUUGUCGACGAGCUGCAGAGAGCGGUGGUGAGGUAUCAAAGUGGCAAGGCUAUCACGGGCUGCGCCAUCGCGCCCCUCUUGAUCUACCUUGAUUGCUGCAACUUGAGGAAAGUUUCUGAGUUGGAUACGCGGACGCCUCGAACCCAUUUCAUGACCGUUGAUAACCUUAAGAAGAUAGCCAGCGCCGACUUGAUUGAAAAGGGGGGUCCUGAUCCCCAGACCUGGCUUUACGGCAAAUUACCGUGGAAGGCUCAUAAGGACAUAGUGUACUAUGGAUUAAUUGUUGAACCAAUCUGUUCUGUCCCACCAAUUGCCGUGCCGGAUCUUCGCGCCGCCAAGAGGAUGCCGUCUCUCGGCUCGGAGACAACGGGGAAGGAGGAGGAGGUCGACCGCCACCGGCAGGAGGCGGAGGGGAGGAUGAUGGAGCUCGCGCGCGCGUGCGGCGAGUUGGGGACGCCCGCGUACCCCCAGUGCCGUUCGAGUGCGCGCCUGCGGCGGCCGGAAGCACCGGCGGCCACGCAGUACGAGUUCGUGAAGAGAUCCACCAAGAGGAAGAGAGCUCAUAGUACUGCAUAUGAAAAUGAAGCCGGUAUGAAGCUUAAGCGGGGAUUCAACCAGACCAUCAGGUGCUCCCUCAAGGAGUUCUUCGAGUGCGCCGAGCUGCUCAAGGACCGGCACCUGGCGAGGGUCCGCAAGGCAGGGUUCGGCGCCAUGCUGGACGGCAAAGUCAGGGGGCUCAUUAGCCGGCCUCUCAUCGGCUUCCUCAUGGGCAAGAUAGACCCGGCAACCAUGACACUGAAGCUGGGGGAAUCAAAGGUCGUCGCUAUCACCAGCGAUGCCAUUCACCACCUUUUCGGCCUGCCUCAAGGAGGGCACACAGCUCCGAGGCCUUCGGAAAGCGGCUACGACAAGGCAGUGAUGAAGCUGAAGCUAGAGCUUGGGUUUAAAAGGUCUGAUAUCAUCAUGACAAGGGAUCUGCGGGGUCUGCUUAAGCGGCUGGUGGAUGACGAGGAGAAGGAUGACCUGGCGCUGAAGGUCUUUUUCUUGGUUGUUUUCAUGAAGGUGAUCUGCCCGGGGGCCUCCGCACGCAUCUCUAGGGAGGCGGCAAUGCUGGAAGAUCUGGAUUUUGAUAAGAUGGCGGACAUGGAUUUCUGCCAGCUGCUUGUCGAUGAGCUGCAGAGAGCGGUGGUGAGGUAUCAAAGCGGCAAGGCUUUGUGGCAGGCUAUCACGGGCUGCGCCAUCGCGCCCCUCUUGAUCUACCUUGAUUGCUGCAACUUGAGGAAAGUUUCUGAGUUGGAUACGCGGACCCCCCGUACCCAUUUCAUGACCGAUGAUAACCUUAAGAAGAUAGCCAGCGCUGACUUGAUUCGAAAGGGGGGUCCUGAUCCUCAGACCUGGCUUUACGGCAAAUUACCGUGGAAGGCUCACAAGGACAUAGUGUAUUAUGAAUUAAUUGUCGAACCAAUUUGUUUGGUGAUGCCAAUUGCAAGAGGUGCCCAGAUCCGGCAUUCAUCGUUGAAGAAGACCAUUGGCCCCCAAGGGGCAGUGGCUGAUGACGCUCCAGCUCCAGCCGUGGCAGGCAGCAGUAAUGGCGUCGCUCCUGAGUCCGAGAAGAGCAAUGAUAAUGUUGCAGCUACAGCCCUGAAUCAGAUCGACGUGCUGCUGGCAAGAGCAUGCGAUCUAUCGCGCCAAGUGCCUACUUCAAGUGCCCGACUCAGCCACACCGAAGGCAUUCUUCCACCGGGGCACGGUUUUGAUGCUGAAGCCGCGAAGCAGGGCCUCUCGAAGGAAGCCGCACUUCUCUACCCAGGCACCGAGGCCUUUCUGGAUCCCCGUGCCGCCAAGAGGAUGCCGUCUCUCGGCUCGGAGACGGCGGGGGAGGAGGAGAAAGUCGACCUCCGGCGGCCGGAGGCGGAGGAGACGAUGGUGGAGCUCGUGCGCGCAUGCGGCGAGCUGGGGACGCCCCCGUACCCCCAGCGCCGUUCGAGUGCGCGCCUGCGGCCGCCGGAGGCGCCGGCAGCCACACAGUACGAGUUCGUGAAGAGAUCCGCCAAGAGGAAGAGAGCUCGUAGUACUGUGUAUGAAAAUGAAGCCGAUAUGAAGCUUAACCGGGAAUACAACAAGACCGUCAGGUGCUCGCUCAAGGAGUUCUUCGAGUGCGCGGAGCUGCUCAAGGACCGGCACCUGGCGAGGGUCCACAAGGCGGGGUUCGGCGCCAUGUUGGACGGCAAGGUCAGGGGCCUCAUUAGCCGGCCUCUCAUCGGCUUCCUCAUGGGCAAGAUAGACCCAGCAACCAUGACAAUGAAGCUCGGGGAAGCAAAGGUCGUCGCUAUCACAAGCGACGCCAUUCACCACCUUUUCGGCCUGCCUCAAGGAGGGCACCCUGCCCCGAGACCUUCAGAAAACGGCCACGACAAGGCAGUGAUGAAGCUGAAGCAAGAGCUCGGGUUUAAAAGGUCUGAUAACAUCAUGACGAGGGAUCUGCGGGGUCUGCUUGAGCGGCUGGUGGAGGACGAGGAGAAAGAUGAGUUGGCGCUCAAGGUUUUUUUCUUGGUUGUUUUCAUGAAGGUGAUCUGCCCGGGGGCCUCUGCGCGCGUCUCUAGGGAGGCGGCAAUGCUGGAAGAUCUGGAUUUUGAUAAGAUGGCAGACAUGGAUUUCUGCCAGCUGCUUGUCGAUGAGCUGCAGAGAGCGGUGGUGAGGUAUCAAAGCGGCAAGGCUCUGUGGCAGGCUAUCACGGGCUGCGCCAUCGCACCCCUCUUGAUCUACCUUGAUUGCUGCAACUUGAGGAAAGUUUCUGAGUUGGAUACGCGGACCCCUCGAACCCAUUUCAUGACCGAUGAUAAUCUUAAGAAGAUAGCCAGCGCUGACUUGAUUCAAAAGGGGGGUCCUGACACCAAGACCUGGCUUUACGGCAAAUUACCCUGGAAGGCUCAUAAGGAGAUAGUGUACUAUGAAUUAACUGUCGAACCAAUCUGUUCUGUCCCGCCAAUAGCAAGAAGUGCCCAGCUCCGGCGUUCAACGCCGAAGAAGACCAUGGACCCCCAAGGGGCUGCGACCGAUGAUGAUCCAGCCCCAGCCGCGGCGGGCAGCGGCAACGGCGCCGCUCCCGAGCCCGAGAGGAGCCCUGAGAAUGCCGCAGCCACAGCCCUGAGUGAGAUCGACGUGCUGCUGGCAAGGGCAUGCGACUUAUCAUGCCAGGUGCCCACCACAAGCGCCCGGCUCAGCCGCACCGAGGGCAUCCUUCCACCCAGACACGGUUUUGAUGCCGAGGCCGCGAAGGAGGGCCUCUCGAGGGAAGCCGCGCUCCUCGACCAUCUGCAGAAGGCCACGUUCCACCUCCGCUCUUCGUUCGCCCUUUUCAAGAGCGUGCAGGACGACCGGUGCGGGCCGUACGAAGACGAGGCGAAAUCGUUCGCCAAGCGGAUGGCGGAGCAAGAGGCUGCUGCUGCUGCUGCGGCUCGAGGAAGCGAAAGAGAGACGGAGGCGCCCGCCGACGAGCAGUUUGAGGAGGAUGUUGAUGAUCACUUCAUGUCCUGCGACGAUGAGGAUGACGUGGAGGAGGAGGAGGAGGAGGCCGCGUCCCUGGUCUCCACUCCCCCGCAGGACCUGACGGACGACGACGACAAGGAUCCCGACUACGCGGGGUACAAGAAACGGAAGAUGCGGAGGCUUAGGGUUCAGCUCCCAUGGCGGCUCCCCGGCCCCCACCGCCUGCUCCGCCUCUCCCGCCGCCUCCACGCCUCCGCCGGCUCCGGCGCCGGCGCCGGCGCCGCCCAAGGCAAGUUCCUUCUGCCCGGCGCCUCGGCGGCGGUCCUUCUCAUGCUCGGCGUUCUGCACGCCAAGCGGAUGUACGAUGACAAACAGCUCGUCGAAAGGAAGGAGCAGGGAAUCGAGCCGGAAUUCUCGCCAGAUCUUAAGGCUUCGUUUCUGAGGCUUCUACCGCUGCGUUCCAUGUCGCGUGUCUGGGGAUCCUUGAUGGAAGUGGAGGUUCCAGUGUUUAUGCGUCCUGCUAUCUACAAAGCAUGGGCCAGAGCAUUUCACUCCAAUUUGCAAGAACCUGCUCUGCCCUUGGAAGAAUAUCCUUCUUUACAGGCAUUCUUCAUCCGCAGUCUCAAAGAAGGGUCAAGGCCUAUCGAUCCAGAUCCAAAUUGCCUGGUGAGUCCUGUCGAUGGGAAAGUUUUGCGGCUUGGACAGCUCAGGGGUCCAGGAACCAUGAUUGAGCAAGUCAAAGGCUUUUCUUAUCCUGUUUCUUCUCUUCUUGGUGCUAGUUCAUCGCUUCAUGAUGCCACAGAAGAAGAUAUUUCUGGAGAGCCAACAGAACAAAAUGUGCCUGAGAGCUCGAAUGCAAAAUCAUGGUGGCGAGUAUCUGUGGCUUCACCUAAACUUCGGGAUCGAACACUGCUGAGCCCGAAGAGGGGGAUCUUUUAUUGUGUCCUGUAUUUACACCCUGGUGAUUAUCAUCGAGUACACUCUCCUGUUGAUUGGAGUAUUUUCAAACGUCGACAUUUCUCAGGUAAUCUUUUCCCAACAAAUGAACGUGCUGUGCGGACCAUCAGAAACUUAUAUGUCGAGAAUGAAAGGGUGGUACUUGAGGGUCAAUGGAAAGAAGGUUUUGUUGCAAUUGCAGCAGUUGGUGCCACUAACGUUGGCUCCAUCAAACUGCUCAUCGAACCGGAGCUGAGGACAAACGGUCCAGGGUCAAUGAUACUUCACUCCCAGCCUUACGACGAGCGUGUUUAUGAACCUGAAGGCACUGGCAUGAUGGUUAAAAAGGGACAAGAGGUAGCAGGAUUCAACAUGGGGUCGACCGUGGUCGUCGUAUUUGAAGCGCCCCUGUCCAAGGCGAGGGAGGACGGGACGGUCUCAUCGGAUUUUGGCUUCUGCGUCAAGGCUGGCGAUAGGAUUAGGGUUGGAGAAGCCAUUGGUCGAUGGAGCCGAUCGUAGCGCUGGUUUAGUUCCACCAUAGGAGUAGCCCAUUUUCCAGCUUGGAGUUUGCAUUCCGUCCUGGAAGGGAAAUGUUAUUUUGUGGAGAAUGCUGGUAGUUCAGAGGGGUUGAGAAAAUCGUGUCGUGUUCUGAAUUUUGAGAAACGCUUUUACUCGGUAGUGCUACAAAAUCUCUCUGAAACAUGAAAAAUGGAUCAAAACAUAUCGUCCCUACUGUUCAUAUAUUGUACUCCUAUUGAUAGUUUCUUAAUCACCA